AUCCCAAUGGUUGCCCCAUUCUUCGGUUGCCUCCUCGGCGGCUUCAUCUACGACGCAUUCCUGUACACUGGCGAGAGUCCCAUCAACACGCCGUGGAUGGGCCUCAAGCGCCUGACGCAGCCGCGCCGGGACGUCUGGUCAAACACCUACCAGCGCAAGGAGAUCAGCAAUGUCUAG